AAGAAGUAAAGAACACAGAUCGGGUUACAAGAUGGCGCCCUGUGGACGGUAGCAGACGGGCCGUUGUAGUUGUUGUGUUCUCUGUCCAUUUUUCUUUUGGAUAUUAGGUUUCCCGUGGGAUAAUUGAAAGGCCAGGCGGGAUGAGUAUGACAUAGCCGUUGUGCUCUCUUGUUUGCUUCACUCUGGAACAUGAAAGUAGAGAAGUUGACCGUUCGAGGAUAGAAAGCGGACAGUAGAACGAUAGCAGUUAGCUGUUAGCCCCGACUCACCAUGUCGGACACUCGGCGGCGGGUGAAGGUAUACACGCUAAAUGAAGACCGACAGUGGGACGACCGGGGUACGGGGCACGUCUCGUCCACCUUCGUGGAGAGGCUAAAGGGGAUCUCUUUAUUAGUUCGAGCUGAAUCCGACGGUUCACUUCUUUUGGAAUCCAAAAUAAGUCCAAAUACUGCUUAUCAGAAACAACAAGACACGCUGAUUGUAUGGUCUGAAGCAGAGAAUUAUGACCUUGCUCUGAGCUUCCAGGAAAAGGCUGGCUGUGAUGAAAUCUGGGAGAAGAUUUGCCAGGUACAGGGGAAGGACCCCGCCUUGGAGAUCACCCAGGACCCCAUAGACGAGUCUGAAGAGGAACGCUUGGAGGAGCUGCCGGAGACCAGCCAUCUGGUGGAGCUACCUCAUUGUGAGCUGAGCAGGCUGGAAGAGAUGGCGGACCUGGUCACCUCUGUCCUCUCCUCUCCCAUCCGCAGGGAGAAGCUGGCACUGGCCCUGAUGAGUGAGGGCUACAUCAAGAAGCUCCUGGGCCUCUUCCAGGUUUGUGAGGACUUGGACAACAGAGAAGGCUUGCACCACCUGUACGAGAUUGUACGUGGCGUGCUAUUCCUUAACAAAGCAGCUCUAUUUGAGGUGAUGUUCUCAGACGACUGUAUCAUGGACGUGGUUGGUUGUCUGGAGUACGACCCGGCGCUCGUCCAGCCUAAGCGCCACAGAGAAUUCCUCACCAAGACGGCCAAGUUCAAGGAGGUGAUUCCCAUCACAGACUCUGAGCUGCGGCAGAAGAUCCACCAGACGUACCGGGUGCAGUAUAUCCAGGACAUCAUUCUACCCACGCCCUCGGUCUUUGAGGAGAAUUUCCUCUCCACUCUCACUUCCUUUAUCUUUUUCAACAAGGUGGAGAUUGUCAGCAUGUUGCAGGAGGAUGAGAAGUUCUUAACCGAAGUCUUCGCUCAGCUCACGGAUGAAGCAACAGAGGCCAGCAAAAGAAGAGAGCUUGUAAAUUUUUUCAAAGAAUUUUGUGCUUUUUCGCAAACGUUGCAACCGCAAAACAGGGAUGCCUUCUUCAAGACUCUGGCAAAUCUAGGCAUUCUACCUGCUCUUGAAAUAGUCAUGGGAAUGGAUGACCUGCAGGUGAGGGCCGCGGCAACUGACAUCUUCUCCUAUUUGGUGGAGUUCAGUCCCUCCAUGGUCCGGGAGUUUGUCAUGCAGGAACCCCAGCAGACCGAUGACGACGUGCUGCUGAUCAACGUGGUUAUAAAACAGAUGAUUUGUGACUCUGACCCGGAGCUAGGAGGUGCUGUUCAGUUAAUGGGCCUUCUCAGGACUCUGAUCGACCCUGAAAACAUGCUUGCCCCCAUCAAUAAAACAGAGAAGACAGAGUUUCUGAGUUUCUUCUACAAGUAUUGCAUGCAUGUUCUCACGGCGCCUCUGCUGGCCAACACCGCCCAUGAUAAGGACUCCAAAGAUCUACUGGAGAGUCCAGUGAAGAUCAACCCGGUGUGUCCAGACAACUUCCAGACGGCUCAGCUGUUGGCGUUGAUCCUGGAGCUGUUGACCUUCUGCGUGGAGCACCACACGUACCACAUCAAGACCUACAUCAUGAACAAGGACCUACUCAGGAGAGUGCUGCUGCUCAUGAACUCCAAGCACACCUUCCUGGCGCUCUGUGCUCUGCGGUUCAUGCGUAGGAUCAUUGGGCUGAAGGAUGAAUAUUACAACCGCUACAUCAUCAAGGGAAACCUGUUUGAGCCGGUUAUCAACGCUCUGCUGGACAAUGGCACCAGAUACAACCUACUCAACUCCGCCGUCAUAGAGCUUUUUGAAUUUAUCAAAGUGGAGGAUGUUAAGUCCCUCAUAGCCCACAUCGUGGACAACUUCUACAAAGCACUGGAAUCCAUUGAGUAUGUCCAGACCUUUAAGGGUCUGAAAGGUCGGUAUGAGCAGGAGAAGGACCGACAAAGCCAAAGGCUCAACAGGUACAGACGAGAUGCCCGAUCGAUGGAUGAGGACGAGGAGAUGUGGUUUAAUGAUGAUGAAGAUGACGAGGAAGGAGAGUCUGUUGAAAAGAAUCGGACAGAAGAUGACUUCUCGGACAGCUACGGCAAAUACAUGGAGGCCAAAAAAGGGGCUGCCAACGGGUCAAACGGUGCCAACAGCAAUGGGAAGGCCGCUGCUGUCCCCCCGGCCCCCCCGGCGGCCACUCCAUCGGUCAACACCUCUGCCUCGUCCGCCAAAACCACCGCCCUGCCCGCCACGCCGCUCGGCAAGACUGGCCUGGUUGGGCUGGUGGACUAUCCAGACGAUGAAGAUGAAGACGAGGAGGACGAGGAGGAGGAGCAGUCUCCAAGGAAACGACCCCGUCUGGGAUCUUAAGGAGUGUCCUGCUCCUUCUCUUUAUUGGUGAACAUGGAUCCUCCCUUUUUACGCUCCUCCAGCCGUCUCAUUUGUCCUGGGCCUGUGCCAUCUGUCAGUCACUGUUCUGGUCCUGUUAAGGAGACGGUGGCUGACGCCCACUCUUCUCAACUACUCCCAAACUCCGUCCUCUUUCCCGUGGAAACAAGUGGAGACCCCCUCCUUCCCCAGAAAGACAGAAAGACACACCACUUCUUCUAUGACUCCUCCAGAUGUGCUCCAGAGCAACACACAUCCCUGCCUUGUGUCCUCUGCUUUUAAACUUGGUUCCUCUCAGACCGCCUGGCUACCCCAUGGACCAACCUUUGUGGUUUUCUGUUCUGCACUGUUGAUGUAGCAACAGGGACAAGGAAGCGGCUGCACUACAACUCCAAACCCCCUAGCUUUUUCUUGAGUCCUGUGAGCAAGCCAGAACACAGCCUGCGUAGGAUCAGCAGGCCAGUCAGGCUAGCGGGACUAGCCGUUGUAGCGCUUGACUUGGCUGAACACGCCUCUGAACUCUUUGGAAACGGAUGGGUCUGGGCUACGUAGAAAACAGAAGCCAAACGCUAUAGGACAGGAUCAUACAUUAGAAAUACAGCCAACACAAGGCAUUAGAGGAGCAGGACUCUGCUGUUUGAAGCCAGGGUGACUGGUCAAGUUGCAUACAAAACCAUGUUCUGACACCAGACUGCGUUAGCAAGAAAUCUUGUAUUUCAUGAAUUUCUUAAGUACUGUACAGAAUUGUUUAUUUUAUCUUAUUUUUAACCAUUUACCCCUGAUGUGAUUUUUAAAAGGGGAGAGAUUUACCUACCUGCUGGUGUAAUUCAUUUUUCUUUUUGUGGUUGCACAAACGGUUGGGCUCAGUUUAUCCUUUUUAAUCCAUUGGUUUGAUUUAUUGUACAAUGAAAAACAAGUUGCAAAUGCUGGUUUUAAAAGUAUGUAUUUCAACUGCAGUAAAGUCAUUUAUUGCAACCAA